GUUUAGAAGAAGUAUGUGAGUAGCGCAGUUAAUUGGGUGAGCGAUGGACUCGGUGGGAGAGCCACAACAUCAAGCGGAGGAAUGGAUUAUCACACUGGAGGAGGGAUGCAAGCAGUUGCAGACGAUAGUGGGGGUGCUCAUGCUGCGAUGGCAGGAAGGGUUGGAGAUCGAAGGGGGGGCGAUCUCGAUGGAUGAGUGGUUGGAGAAUAGGAUCCAGGAGAUGUUAGACAUUAUGUGGGAGCUGGAGGAGGGGCCGGAUCCCCGGCUUAAGGGCCAAAUCGACUGGAGGCGGGUGAACGGUAGGAUGGGUACUUGCAAAACCCUCUUUCCAUUGGGACGCGAUCUAUGCAAUCAACUGGAGAAUCGGCAGACAAUUGGCGAGAUCGGUGAGAUGGGCGAUAACGGCGACAAGGACGACUGGUUGGAGGGAGGUUUGGAGGCCGGCGAAGAUAAUUGUGGUGACAACAAAAAUGAGCGUGACAACAACAACAACAACAACAACAACAACAACAACAACAAUGAUGACGACGGCAGCAGCAACGACUACGGAAGCAGCGGGGCAGACAGCGGUGUCAGUGCAACUGUAAUCAUCAUCGACAUGAUGAGGGAGAUGCCGCAAGUGGACAUGGUGGAGAUUGGGGUUGACAUGGAAAAGAGGUGUGCUAUCUCCCCUCCCCUCAAUGAUGGUGACGACGACAAUAACAACAACAACAACAACAAAAACAACAGCGACGACGACGGCGGGGGCGACGACUAUGGAAGCAGUUGGGUAGAGAGUGGUAUCCGUGCAUCUCAGAUUUUCAUUUGUGUGAGGGGAAUGAUGUCGCAAGAGGGGGAUUGGAGUUGACAAUAACAACAACAACAACAUCAACAACAACAGCGACGACGACAGCGGGGGCAACGGACAUGGAAGUAGUGGGGUAGAAAGCGGUAUCCGUGCAUCUCAGAUUUUCAUCUGCAUGAUGGGAAUGACGCCGCAAGAAGGGGGGGGGAAUUGGAGUUGACACGGCGAAAUGGUUUACUGUCUUCCCCCUCUCACACCUCGAUAUGGAAUUGUUCCUCGUCGUUUGGCAUCGGAUAGGAGUAGGAUAGUCGGUGGUGAUUGGUGUUGCCCGACCGGCAAUAUCAAUCAUCAAUGGGGUGCUGAUCACCCCGUGGGUUAAAGGUGGGUCGUUUAGGGAUUAGCUUGCAAGAGGUUAAUCCUUCCCUUGCGCAGGGAAAUAAUCAAUGCCUCCUAUCAGUCUUACUCGAUAACACGAUAAUGCAUUGACGUCG